UGACGGGAAGAUGGCGGCGGCGGGUGGCCCGGCGGGGAAGGGGCGCGACAUCAGCCUGGCGGCCCUGCGGCGCCACGACCCCUACAUCAGCCGCAUUGUGGACGUGGCCAGCCAGGUCGCCCUGUACACCUUCGGCCACCGGGCCAACGAGUGGGAAAAGACUGAUGUGGAGGGAACCUUAUUUGUUUACACAAGGUCCGCGUCUCCGAAGCACGGCUUCACCAUCAUGAACAGGCUGAGCAUGGAGAACAGGACAGAGCCCAUCACCAAAGACCUGGACUUCCUGCUACAGGACCCCUUCCUUCUCUACAGAAAUGCCAGAUUGUCCAUCUAUGGAAUUUGGUUUUAUGACAAGGAAGAGUGCCAAAGAAUUGCAGAGCUGAUGAAGAACCUCACUCAGUACGAACAGCUGAAAGCCCACCAUGGAGCGGGAGCUGGGGCCUCGCCUGUGAGCCUUGGCUCAGGAGAGGGCAAGGAGGCCGACAUCUUGCGGAUGCUGACCAAGGCCAAAGACGAGUACACGAAGUGUAAAACCUGCUCUGAGCCCAAACAGAUCAGCAGCUCGUCUGCCAUCCACGACAACCCCAACCUCAUCAAGCCGAUUCCAGUGAAACCCAGUGGGAGCCGGCAGCAGCGGGGCCCUCGGCCCAACCAGACCUCAGACCCGGAACCCCAGCACCUGUCCUUGAUGGCACUCUUUGGGAAGCAGGACAAAGCCCCGUGUCAGGAGGCCACAGGGCCUCCCCAGACCCUCCCCCUGCAGCUGCAGCAGCCAGAGACACUCCCAACGCGGCAGGGGGUCGUCCGAUCCCUAUCCUAUGAGGAGCCCCGGAGACCCUCUCCCCCCAUCGACAAGCAGCUCUGCCCUGCCAUUCAAAAGCUCAUGAUCAGGAGCGUGGACCUACAGCCUCUGGCAGAGCUGCCAGAGAACCGGCCCUGCACAGGCGCCCUCAGGACAGCCUGCGCUGGGCCUGCCCGGACAGGGUCUCCCUGCAGCCGCGCACUCGCAGCCCCCGGGACUCAGAACCCGCUCCCACUGCAGAGCAUCCCCGGGGCCGAGAACAGGUGUGAGCCCGGGGCGCCAGCACCUGCCAGCUCGGCCACCACCCACGCGGCCCCGGCCCAGCCCACCUGUCUCAGCAGUGCCCUCCCGCCCCAGACUCCAGGGCCCCGGGCCCUCCCCAGACCGGCACUCCCUGGCCCCAGCCCUGGCCAUCAGCCAGUGGGGCCAGGCGAGGUCUCCCCACGGGAGCUGCUGCGGAGGCUCCAGGCGGUACAACAGGACCAGCAGCUGCCUGUGCCCGGCCGCCCGGCCCUGGCGGCCAAGUUCCCCGCGGCCACCCCGAGCACCCGAGCACGGAACCCCCUGGAGCCCUGGAGGGACCCAGCCCCCAGCACAGAGCAGCCGGCUCCCCUCCUUCAGGUCCUCUCGCCCCAGCGCAUCCCGGCCACUGUGACCCCGUCUCCACUCAUGUCACCCCUGGUGUUUGCGCAGCCCAGCUGGGCCCCGCUGCAGGAGAGGAGCCGUGCGCCCUUACCCCCAGGAAACCAGGACCCUGCUGCCAUCCCCACCGGCCUCCUCCUGCCCCUGCGGACUCCCGAGCCCCCGGGGACCCCCGGCAGCGCCCUGAGCAAGCCGCAGCUCCAGGAGGCCCUGCUGCACCUCAUCCAGAAUGACGACAACUUCUUGAAUAUCAUCUAUGAGGCUUAUCUCUUCAGCUUGACACAAGCGGCCGUAAAGAAGACUCUGUGAAAGCAAGACGUUUCAAAACCCAUGUCUGAGGCCCUCCGGCUCAAGGCUCUUUCUUGUCAAAUGUUGUUUCCCUAAAUGUUUCUGCCUUUUUUUACAAAAAAAAAAAAAAAGGAUGUAUAAUAUGAAGUAAAAUGUUUCAGACUUUUUCA